CCGCCAUGGCGACAUGAGCCCGCCGGCCGCCGCCGCCCCGGAGAUGGGGCCCGCAGGGUGCUGAAGCGCCGCGGAGGAGCCCCCGCCGCCCCCCCCCCCCCCCCCCCCCGCCAUGGGGUGCUGAUGGCCGGGCACCCCGCCGCCACGCAGGGGAGGUAGCUGUAUCCAGCUGGGUGGCAGGUGGAUCCAAGGGUUACCAUGAAGUUUUCAGGACCCCUGGAGAGCCAGAGGUUGUCCCUCCUUCUUGAGACGGCAAUCUCUAGGGAAGCUCAAAUGUGGAAAGCACAUGUGCUGAAAAUUCAGCCCAAUCAGGAUGUAGCCAUUUCUCCAAAGCAGAGGGAUGAGGUCAUUCAGUGGCUGGCCAAGCUCAAAUACCAGUUCCACCUUUAUCCAGAAACGCUCGCCCUGGCCAUCAGCCUUUUGGACAGGUUUUUAGCUGCAGUAAAGGCCCGUCCAAAGUACUUGAACUGUAUUGCAAUCAGCUGCUUCUUCCUUGCUGCAAAGACCAUCGAGGAAGAUGAGAGGAUUCCAGUACUGAAGGUGUUGGCUCGGGAUAGCUUUUGUGGUUGUUCUCCAGCUGAAAUUCGCAGAAUGGAGAAGAUUAUCCUGGAUAAACUGAACUGGGAUCUUCACAUGGCAACACCACUGGAUUUCCUUCACAUUUUCCACGCAGUUGCGGUGUCCAACAGGCCUCAGCUGCUGACCAUCCUGCCCAAGCCCAGUCCCUCACAGCACGUGGCGGCGCUCACCAAGCAGCUGCUGCACUGCAUGGCCUGUUACCAGCUGCUGCAGUUCAAGGGCUCCAUGCUGGCGCUGGCCAUCGUCAGCCUGGAGCUGGAGAAGCUGCUCCCCGACUGGCUGGCUCUCAUCAUCGAGCUGCUCCGGGAGGCCCAGAUGGAUAGCUCGCAGCUGAUCCACUGCCGGGAGCUGGUGGCACAUCACCUUUCCACUCUGCAGCCUUCUCUGCUGCCCAACUCUGUAUAUGUCUACAGUCCCCUCCAGCACACCCUGGUGACCUGUAACAGAGGAGCGUUCAAACGCCAGCCCUCCUCUGUCCCAGGGCCGGGGUUCUCCAAGGACAACGGCGGGCCAGAAGUGCCAGUCACAGGUACAGCCGCGCUCUACCAGCGUCUGCCAGCUCCCAGCGGGUGCAAGCAAGCCUCUGCCAAGCGUAAAGUGGAAGAGAUGGAAGUGGACGACUUCUACGAUGGGAUCAAGCGUCUCUACAACGAAGACACCGCUCCGGAGGUAGUGGCGCUUGAAAACGUGGGCUCUGCGUGUGGCGCUGACGUCUCGAGGCAGGAGGGCAACGUUUCCCCUUGUCCGCCUUUACAGCCGGUGUCUGUGAUGUAGCUGUGAGCAGGCACCACCCGCUGCGCCACAGCUCCGCCAGAAACCACGCGGAACCCGGCAUCCCGGCCUCGCGGGGGGGGGAAAGGGGCCAUACCUUGUCAGGCUGAACUGAAGGGAGCCAAAAAACAGAAAAGGAAAAAAAAAAAAAAAAAAAAAAAAAAAUCCCAACCCUUUUUUGAAUUUUUUUUCUCGUGCGGCUAAUUAUAGUUCCACUAUUUAAGCACUUAAAAACACAAAAAAGUAUAAAAAUCUAAAAAAAGACCCAAAAACCAAACAAAAAAAGUAGCAAAAAAUUGUUUCUUUCUAGUGUUGUCAGUUCUACUGUUUUUCUGCUCCUGUGUAUUGUAACCCAUUCUCCAUCUCCCAGAGCUCACAUCAGCCGUGCAGGCUUGUUCCAGGUUUCCCAGCCAACUAACACCUCUCUGGUCCGAAUUCCAUCUGUUCCGUGCUCUCUCCUCUCGCUCCUCUUUUAAUUCUCAGCAAGUCUUGUGCAUGAUGUUCUGUACUACCUGACCCUCACCUCAGCUUUCUUUUUCCUUUCGAAAGAAAAAGACCUUUUUUGUUUUGUUAGCACUUUGGUGUUUAAAUGUGAUAAUAUUUAAAAACUGGAUUUAAAGAAAAGGUUAGUCAGGGAAAAAAAAAAAAAAAAACAAACAACAAAACAACACAAAAAAGCCCAACACUUGCAAGCUGCUCUGCACUUCAGUAACAGCCACAGAACACGAGGGCAGCCGGCCACUGCGCUCUGUACCUUACGCAGAGACUUCACCAAGUUAAAACAGUUUGCAUUUUCAAACACAGAAAGCAGUUAAUGGAUCUUGUAUCACUUGAACAAAAAUGUUUUUGGUUGGUUUUUCUGUUUUUUUUUUUUUUUUUUUUUUCUCUUGUUUGCACCAAGGAACAUUGCACUCAGUGUAGAUUUUCACCCAUGCUCGACUCUCGAUGUCAAGCAGAAACCUUAAAUUCUGCAGAGUCUCUUUUUUUUUCCCGUAUGUUUCUAAGCUUAGCGUGUGACCAGCACUGCUCCGCGAGGUGCUGGGGCAGCCACGUCCGCCUGGGGUUUGAAAGGUGUGUAAUUAUCAGCCACAAAACCAAACCAAAAAGACCCUAACCCUAAAGUUUUGUGUUCCUGUCACUUCUAACCAAGAGUAAAACCUUUAAAAACUUGUCUCUUAAAUGUUACACCUCUGUUUCUCACAAUGACCUGUCCCAAUUGUAAGCUCUCUCCACAGCCCUGAGGAAGGUAUCGUAUUUGGAGCCAUUGUACUGAUGAAAGCCUUCUGGUAGCAAUAAAGAAAGUUGUCCUGGA